GACCCAACAUGAAAACCGCUCGGGACCAAAAUCCCACGUUGUUCAUGGCAUCAUCAUACAUCCGGUUGCACAGUCUGGCCAUUGCUCGGUGAGAACGGAAACGAGUUGUAAUAGCUGUCGCAAGUGAAAUAGUCCCUCAUUCCUGUAUAAUUCCUCUGCAUCCGACCGUGGGUAGAUGCGCCUACAAUUGUACGUCUCCCAGCGGCCGUGAUCGUAGACAGAUUUUUUCUGCCGUUUGUGCGAUAAAUGACACCGUGCGCUGGGAUUUAAUGCCCACAAUGGCCUCGGGCUCUCGAUCACCCACGCUCCGUGCCUCGUCUGACCCGUUGGGCGCAGACGCUGAAAAGAAUGCUCCUGGCCUCGAUCAGGACCAGACCCUCAACCAACAGAGCCCAGUUCGCCCUGGCGUCGAGCCUCUGGGAGAAAAGCGACGCUCCUCUCGAGGCUCGGCCUUCCGCCGUCUGAGCGCCCAUCAAACCGCAGACCCCUUCUGCGACGAUGACACCGAGGAUGGCGUCAAGUAUCGAACCAUGGCAUGGUGGCAGUGUACCAUGAUUAUGAUUGCCGAGACCAUCUCUCUCGGAAUCCUAUCAUUGCCUUCCGUGCUGGCCACUAUUGGGAUGCUGCCUGGUGCCAUCCUCAUUAUCGGUCUCGGUAUCGUGGCAACCUAUUCGGGAUACGUGAUCGGCCAGUUCAAAAUGGCUCAUCCCUGGGUCCACAACAUGGCUGAUGCCGGAUACGUUCUGUUCAGACCGCUGGGACCGCGUUGCGGCGCCGUCGCGCGUGAGUUUUUCGGCGCCGCCCAGACGAUAUUUUUGAUCUUCAGCAUGGCCAGCCAUAUCCUGACUUGGACCAUCUGUCUGAAUACUUUGACCGAUGGAGCUGCUUGCACCAUAGUUUGGGGCAUUAUUGGACUCAUUCUCUUCUGGCUGUUCGAUAUCCCGCGAACACUGCUCAAGGUGUCUUGGCUCUCUUGUGCGAGUUUUCUUAGCAUCACCACGGCUGUCAUUGUUACCAUGGCAGGUGUUGGCGCCAAAAAUCCUGCCCACGGCGAUUUUAAAGCCACGCACACCACGCCAUUCGUCACUGGAUUUCUCAGUGUUGCCAAUAUCGUCUUCGCCUACGCCGGCCAUGUGGCAUUCUUCAGUUUCAUCUCCGAAAUGAAGAAUCCCGCUGACUUCCCCAAGGCCUUGGUUGCAUUGCAAAUCACCGAUACAGGCAUGUAUUUUCUGGUGGCGAUGGUCAUAUACGCCUAUGGAGGAGACGAUGUUGACUCGCCCGCGCUGGGAACAGCAGGGCAUAUCGUGGGAAAGGUGGCCUGGGGUCUCGCAAUACCUACUAUCAUCAUUGCUGGCGUGAUCUAUGGCCAUGUCGCCUCCAAGUAUGUCUACGUCCGACUGUUCCGAGGCACCAGGCAUAUGUCGCAGCGAACGUGGCUUUCGGUGGGCACUUGGCUCGCCAUCACCCUUACAAUGUGGUUGCUGGCCUGGAUCAUUGCCGAGUCCAUCCCGAACUUCAACGACCUGCUGGCGCUCAUUUCGAGCUUGUUUGCCGCAUGGUUCACGUACGGAAUUUCUGGGGUAUUCUGGCUCUUCAUCAACAAGGGCCAAUAUACCAGGAAUUGGCGGAAGAUUUGCCUGACCGUUGCAAAUGUGCUGUUGUUUGCCAUGGGCGCGGCCAUCUGUGGAAUGGGUCUUUAUGCCAGUGGAACUGCAAUCAGCAAGGAGCCGACUGGAAGCAGCUGGACCUGCAAGAGUAAUGCAGAGUAAGUCGGUGGAGAUAUGUUUGCCAUGUCUUAUGAGCCUGUCGAUGGCAACAUUUGUACUAUAUCUUUUGUAUGAAAUGAGGAUCAUUGUUGGAAUCAAUCAGUCGGCUUCUGAACUUGUAGACUUGAGUGUAGGGUAUCACCGAUGGGCUCGUACUCUUCGUGGAUCUUGAACCCUUCACCGACCGUUUUGCGUUUGGACGGGAGGGCUCCUGGGAUCCAUCAGCAGAACAGGACUCUUUGUUAGUAUUCGAGAGCAACAUAGUAUUACCUGCCUGCGCCAUGUCUCUCGCGACUUUGCAGUUUGCAUUCACCUCACUUCACAAUUUCAGCUCACAGACAGCGCCAGACUCGCACAGUGGUUUCAGCCCCAGACACCGCGCCCUGCUCACUGGCCUCUUCCUCUCUAAUGCCUAAAAGAAAAGGAUUCCCUAGGUCUAGUGACCAUUCUUCCAGUGACCGCGAAGACGCAAACAAGCCAACAGGUGCAGGCGCGAAGCGACAAGCGACGGCAACCCA